GCUAACAAUAUUGGAUCAGGACUGAAAAAAUAUACCAAGAAAAAGAGAGAGGGAAGAAGAGGGAGCCGUAGAACACGUGUGGUGAGGUCAUGGCGGCCGUAUGGUUGCUGGGCGCGCUGGUGCUCCUGCUCACCCGCGGCGCCGACGCUCAAGAUCCGAAAUGGUCGUGCAGUUUCGACGAACCCGAGAGUUUGUGCGGCUGGGAGAUCUCCGGCGCCAUGGAAGCCACUGCAGGGCGGGUCAGCCUCCGCGCCUCUCCCGAGAACAGAAGGGAAAAGGCCCUUGGAUGGAGGUCGGUGCCAGACGGAGGCAAUGGUAGGGAGGUCGGCAGCAUCGUGAGUCCCUCGCUCCCUCCGUCGGGUGACUGUGAGCUGCGGUUGCACUACGCGUUGCACGGCCGGUCUUCCUCGUUGCACAUCCGGCAAGGGACAAAGCCGGAUGACGUCGACGCGAAGGAAGAGGUCCUUACUCCGAACCCAGACGCCGGCCGGUGGCAAGAGAGUGUUAUCCCACUUGCUUCCUUCCGGUCUUUCGUGAUAAUAUUAGAAGGUCAAGUUGGCACAGAGGGUCACGUGAUCAUCGACGACCUAACGCUGACAGGGGGAUGUGCCGAAGCUCUUGCGUCAUCAUCACCUGCUGCAUUUGACCUGGGAUCUCCCUGUGACGAGACGCAAUAUAAAUGCUACUUUUCAACCGUGUGCAUCUCGUUGGAGCAGGUCUGCGACUUCCACCCCGACUGCCCCGACGGAGACGACGAGACAUCCUGCGGCACCACGGACUUCGAGCGAGACCUCGGAGGAUGGGAGGAUAUCAGCGAAAACGACGGCAACUAUGUAUGGUCGAGGAUCGCCGCCGUGGAAGCCACGUACCCGCAUGGCACGGCGCCCUCGCACGACCACACGCUCGCCGACACGCAGGAGGGCUACUUCAUGUGGGCUCCGGGCACGUCCGAGGGUAACGUGAAUGCGGGACAUACCUCCAUCGUCCGCUCACCCGCCAUAGGUCCUCCGAUUGUUCCCUGCAAGCUAGUGUUCUGGUACCACAUAGUUCUUGGAGGUCCAGAAAUACGUGUUAUUCUGGACAGCGAGGAGGAUACCUGGUUAUGGGAAAAGUCGGUUUAUCCCUCUGCUACGUCCGAGUGGCGGAGAGUGCAGCUUGAGAUUGGGGAACACGAGGUUAAGAUAUUUAUCCGAUUCAUCAUCAACCUUGGUUCAAUUACAACAGUUAGUUAUGAUGUCUGUGUCGACGAUGUUGAGUUUCAGGACUGUGCCCCUGAUACCCCGCCCUCUAAGGACCCUGUGAUCUGUACCUUCGACGUGCCCUGCGACUUGUACCAGAGUAAUAGCGAUGAUGCACAAUGGUACAUGAACGAAUAUUUCGAUCCCAACAAUUUCUGUUUCUCGACAACGAUCAGGGCCGGUUCUCACGUGCUCCAGACUUGGUGGCGCCUUCCGUCGGAUCAGUUCUGCGUCUCCUUCAGGUACAUCGUGGAGGAGCGAACGAGCCUGAGGAUUCUCGUGGCCACUGCGAACGCCACCACCGAGAUCUGGAAGAGGAAGCACAGCGGCAUCUCCGCGUGGAGGACGCAGCACCUGCAACUGUCCAGUGAAGUCUUGCACCAGAUUCACAUCGACGGCAACAUCGAGGAAGAAAAUGAAAAUGCUGUGUUCCUGGACGACCUGAAGAUCGUGGAAGGGCGCUGCCCCGCCUCCUCCACCUGCACCUUCGACGAAGACUCGGAAAUGUGUCUGUGGGAGAACUUCGAGCACGAGAUGGCGACCGCCGACUGGUCCCUCGGCUCGGGGGACGAGGCGGGGCCCGAUGCCCCCCCAACCGACCACUCCUGGGGGUCGUCGCAAGGCCACUUCCAGUACCUACCCCGUGGGAACGACCAGGACGACCAGCGCGGAUUCCUCAAGAGCCCCGAGAUCACCAGCAUCACGCCUGAGGGAGACUGCUUUCAGUUCUGGUUCUUCCUGAAGUCCACUGGUGAAUUACCCGUCGGCGAACUGGGCGUCCGACUUCUGAAGGACGGAGAGGUUGGCGACCGGAUCUGGCAACACGAGUACUCCGCGCACGAGGGUUGGCAAUACGGCGAAACCACCGUCGGCCACGAGCAGGACUUCAGCAUCCUCCUGGAAGGCCUGCGUCGACGAGACAGAGAAGGCAUCAUGGCCUUUGACGACCUGUCUGUGGAGCGAGGUCCCUGCGGCGACCCCGGGUCAUGCAACUUCGAGGGCGGCAUGUGCGGGUGGGUUGACGAAGACUCGCUCCAGGGUCAUUACACGACCAACAGCUGGCAGUUGAUGCGAGCGGAGGACCCCGAGAACGGCCCUGUGGUGGAUCACACGACUUACUCGGGACAAGGUCAUUACGUGCUAGCUGAUGUGGAAGAGUGUUAUGCCUCUGAAUGUUACGCCAGUCUCGACAGUCGUGAUUUCAGGCCAACCAAUGACACUUACUGCUUGUCUUUCUUUUAUAAUGAACGGCACCUGGGUGAAAACAACCUGUUACUCAUAGAUGUCGUCGACGUAGAGAGCGACCUAUCCAAAAACAUGGGCGUCCUUAAAUACGCCGCCGAUGAGGAGACGUGGCUCAACCACCAGGAGAAGCUCACUGACAUCACCUACCUCUUCCGCGUUCACUUGCAUGCCAGAGCCUACAAAAAUGCGUUACCAGAAAAAGCGUACAUUGCCCUGGACGACAUCGAACUGUUCCCCGGAGCGUGUUAUCCGUCCCCGGGAAGCACCCCACUCCCUCAAACGACCCCCGCCCCCGAGAGCAAGCUGACCUGCUCCUUCGAGGACAACCUCUGCGGCUGGAGUCAGGACACGACUGACGGCGGGGACUGGGAGCUGAUCACCGGCGUCCACGCAGGCGGCGACGACGGAGAAGGCUUGGGUCCCGCGGUCGAUCACACGUCACACUUGUCGGCGGGACACUUUCUCUACGUGAACACGAAGACGGGCUCCAACUCCGCGAUUCGGCUCGUGUCCGACGAGAUCCCGACGAGCGACGCCGGGCACUGCUUCUCCUUCUACUACUACCUGCACGGGAGCGAGCCGCCCUCUCUCAGCCUCUACCUCGAAACGGACGGAGUGGCGAAUGAGCACCCCAGCUGGGCGCGCGCCAGCGAGGCCGGGGAGGAAUGGCUUCCAGUGAGGCUGUCCCUUCCCCCAGAGCCAGGCCACGCCCACAAGGUCGUGCUGGAGGCGGGGCUUGGCGAGGACGACUACACCGACCGCGGACACGCCGCCCUCGACGAUUUCCUGCUUACUGAUGGCCCCUGUUCGGCGCUUACUGCUGGAAUCCAGUGUGACUUUGAGACCUCUGACUUGUGUGAAUUCUCCAUCUUGCACCUGAACGGCAAUUCAGGGUGGACUUGGGGCAUCGCUUCUUCCCAGGGCGGACCCGACCUCGACCACACUUAUGGUACUGAGUACGGCCACUACGUGUACCUAAAUGCCACUUCACCCAACACGCAAAGUUACCUUGUGAGUGCAACAAGCAACAGUAACGGAGAUCCAAUGUGUUUGUCGUGGUACUUCUACUUUACCGGCAACACGAAUCUCAGUGUCCGAGCUUACGUGAAAAACCCGGACGCCUCCAUCGACGACCAGGUUCCUGUGUGGACGAUCGACCAGCCGGUGACGGGCGAGGAGUGGGUCCUGGCUCUGGCUUCGGCGCAGAUUUUUGGCGAUUACCAUCUCAGCUUCUUGGCCAUGGCAGAGGAGGGGCUUGAUGACGUCAUAUUUGCCCUGGAUGACAUCACCACGACCCUCGAGCGCUCAUGCCCCGCCACCGCCUCCUGCACCUUCGAGGACGGCUUAUGCGGGUGGGCGGAGGCCGAGGGCGUGGGCGACGUCGAGUGGAUUAUGAAUUCCGGCAAGACGCCCGUGGAAGGCACAGGACCCACUUACGACCACACGCUACAUUCUGAACGAGGACAUUACAUGUACGUCCAGGCGUUCACGGCGUGGGCGGGAGCGCGGGCGGCCCUGGACUCGCCCUCGCUGUCUCCGGGGACAUACUGCUUCGAGUUCUAUUACCACAUGCGAGGGAGGCAGAUGGGAGAGCUGGCAGUCUCAAUCCUUAGCGGCGAAGAAGAGAACCAAGUUUUCAACCGAUCCGGCAACCAAGGAGACCAGUGGCACUUGGGGAGAUUGACCAUUGCAGAAGACCGAGAUGCGGUUGUGAGGAUCCUGGCUACUGUGGGUUCAGGAGAGGAGAGCGACAUCGCGAUAGAUGACACGUGGACCUCGCUGGGCGCCUGUGAGGAUAUGCCUGACCAGUUCCUGUGUUACGACGGAUCGGUCAUCGGCACCGACAAGAGGUGUAACUUCGUCCCUGACUGCGAGGACAAUGCCGACGAGGAUGACUGCGGCGAAUGUGAUUUCGAGUUUGGGAUCUGUGGCUGGGGACUCCUCAACAGCACCGACUACCGCUGGGUGCUGGGUCGGAACCUGAGCGACGACGACUACUACGACAACUUCAUAUACGACCACACUUUAGGCACGGCAGAGGGCCACUUCCUCUACGUGGACAGGGGCUUAGGGGAAUACGAUGGCCCUGCGGUGGCUCUCUCGCCCACGCUGCGCAACGCCUACAUUGACUGCGCCUUCACCUUCUGGUACCGUGAGACUUCAAAUGCGUACCUAGGCGAGAAUAUUGUCUUGGAGAUUGGUGUUCUGAGGGACGGGGAGGUCAGCCCCGCCCACUACUUGGUGAACGAACGCGAGACGCAGUGGGCGAAAGCGGAGGUCGUCGUUAUGGACUGGUUGGGCGAGUUUCAGGUCCGAAUAGCGGCUGUUACAACGGCUGGACCUUCCGCUCUUACGCUGGAUGAUUUUACCUUCAGCAACUGCCAAGUGCCCAAUACUACUAUGGUUUGCCUCAGUAAUCAGAUCACCUGUGCCCAGACAGGUUUGUGCGUUGACGAGAGCCUAGUGUGUGAUAACACCAAUGACUGCGGAGACAUGACUGAUGAGACGGACUGCGGUGACCAGAGUACCGUUUGCACCUUCGAAGAGAAUCAGGCAUGUGGUUGGACACAGGAAAAGGAUCUGGACGAGCUGGACUGGAUAUUUGGCAGCGGUGCAACCCCAGCCGGUGAACACAGUCAUCUGACGGGUCCCCCAGCUGACCACACUACACGGCUCCCUCUUGGGCAUUAUCUGUACGUGUCUCACCCCCAGGUCCAUUCCGGCACUCGCAAAGCCUGGCUCCUUUCUCCCGUUCUACAAACUGCUGAGAAUGCUCAGUGCGCCUUGAGAUUCCAUUUUUAUAUGUACGGAGAGAACAUACAAGAACUAAACGUGUAUACAAGACAACAUAUUUACGGGGACAUGGCACUGGGCUUCAGCAGGAAGGGAGAACAAGGGCAGUUUUGGAAUCGAGGAGUCGUUUUCUCAGCCACCCCCGGGCCCUUCCAAUACGUAAUCGAGGCUGUGACGAAGGGCGAAGACUACUCAGAUAUUGCGAUUGACGACCUCUCACUCACUGACGGCUGCCACAUCCUUAACGAUACACUGCCCAUUGGUACGACUCCUAUCCCCCCCUCCAACCCUUGCAAACCCGGAGAAUUCUACUGCGGCGUCGGAGAUGAAUGUGUAUUUGCCUACCAGCAGUGCAACUGGAAGACUGACUGCUCUAAUGGCGCUGACGAGGAGAACUGCGGGGCCUGUGAUUUCGAGUCUGGAUACUGUGGGUGGUUUGAAAGCAGCGUUGGGAUGUACCAGUGGCGGCGGAUACCUGCCAGUGAAGUGUCUCCCUUUUUGCACCCAUCGGAAGACCACACUCUGGGUACUGACUCAGGCCAUUAUGUUUAUCUUGAAGGAGCAGAUGGGUUAGUGGGGAAAACCGCUGUCCUUUCGAGCCCACAUCUUUUGCACCCUUAUGUUGGGAAUUGUGAACUACACAUCUGGCUAUACACCAGGAAUAGCAUAAAUGUUUAUUUUGCAGUGUACAAUAAUGGAGUAGGUAAUCCCGUUCGGCAGCUUGUUUAUAACAUGACCUCUGCACCUGAAGAAACAUGGUUUGAAGUACCAAUAACACUGAACUUUGAAACUGAAUACACUUACUUGACAUUCGAAGCAACACCUGUGCUCGAUGAGAGUGAUGCAUGGGCUGAGUCACACUCAUCUCUUGCUGUGGAUGACAUCACUUUCUUUGACUGCGACGAGAAUCCUCAUAAUUUAGAUUGCAAUUUCGAUGAUCCAGACUUCUAUAAAGGAUUUUGCAUGUGGCGCCAAUCUUCUAGUGAUCAACUCGAUUGGAAGAAGUCAGACAUGUUUCCAGAGCCAUUACCAGAUCACACAACUGGCUCUGGUACUUACGUGUUUGUCGAUUUUGAAGACGCAUCUGCCAAAAAGGGCGACAAAGCAAAAUUAGUUAGCAUUGUACAGGAGAAGCCAAAUGAAUAUGAAAAUACCUUUACUCUGUGGUAUUAUAUGUUUGGAGAAAAUGUGGGGAAAUUCCGGAUAAUCAUGAACGAAGUAACAACAAAUUCAGAAUACACUCUUUUAGAAUUAAGCGAUUCUCAAGAUGACCGAUGGCUCUUCUUCGAUACAAAACUCGAUGUGAAGGACGACUUUUUUAUUACCCUUGAAGCUGAGUGGGGCGACCUCGGUCCCGGUCUGCUUGCUGUGGACGAUAUCGUUAUGAAGGGGAAACUUCAUGAGCCACUCUGUGAUUUUGAAUAUGAUUUUUGUCAAUGGCAACAAGGAGACGAAGGAGACACAAUAUGGAAAAGAACUCAAGGAAAGAAUAACGAAAAUGGAUGCCCUUCAGUGGACCACACAUCUCAUAGUGAGGGAGGCCACUACCUGUGCCUACGUCUAAAUGAUCAUCAAGGCAGCAAGGGCUUCUUAUUUUCUCCAGUUUAUGAAUCAGUUGGUGUACAAUGUCUCAGGUUUUGGUAUCACAUGCUUGGGGAUGGUGUAGGAUACCUUACUGUCCUUGUGCAAGAUCAAAAUGAUGGUAGACCCUUUGUUCCUGUUUGGUCCUUUAGUAGCAAUGCCUUCGAAAUGUGGAGUCAAGGUUUGGUCACCCUUCCAAACCUUCAGAAGUAUGUAAUUAGUUUUGAGGGAAUAACAGGCAGUAACAACAAGAGUACAAUAGCUCUGGAUGACUUAGAAUUCAUUCCUGGUGUCUGUCCACAAGCACACACAUGUGACUUUGAAUAUGACAUAUGUGACUGGUAUAAUACAAAUGACGGAGAUGACACCUUUGACUGGAUAAGAUCCUCAGGUGAAGAUGGAGAAGGUCCUAUCAUAGAUCACACAACAGAAUAUGAAACGGGUCACUAUUUGAUGGUGACACUUAAGGAUAAGGUGAAAGGAGAUUCUGCUGUCCUCUAUGGAAGUCUUACUCCAGCUACAGAAAAGUGCAUGACUUUUUGGUAUUCGAUGCAACAUAUUGUCAAUAGUACAUUGAGUGUCGUUAUGGUUAGUGAGGGUGAUGGAGAUCCCCUUAUAGAACUUAAGAAUUCUACUUUAGAGUACUUAUGGGAAGAAGUCACUUUAACCAUAGAUCCAGAGUUAGAAUACUAUAAUGUUAUGAUCAGACUGUUGAUAGAUGAAGACAUAACAUCCACAGAUCACAAUGCAGUUGCCAUUGAUGACCUUGCCUUCACAAAAAGUUGUACAGUUGUAACACAACCUACAACACUAACACCAGUGCCUACACAUCAACCAACGCAGUAUGAUUGUGACUUUGAGAGAGAGGACAGUGAGACUUGCAACUGGCAGCAGGACAUAAAUGAUGGCUUAAACUGGCAGCGAUGGAAAGGCAGCACGCCAACAUCAGACACAGGGCCACUCACCGACCACACCACAAUGACAGAAGAUGGCUUUUAUCUAUAUGUUAGUACCACAAACCAAACUGAACGCGUUGCAAGACUCAUAAGCCCCACAAUUGACCUUAGUGGUGAAAGUUCUUGUUUGUCCUUCUGGUUUCAUAUGCAUGGUUUGGAUGUUGGCAGCCUAGCUGUGAGGUUACAGGAAAGUGCCAAGUCCAGUCAACUUCUUUGGGAACGAGGUCAUGAACAAGGGCGUGGAUGGAUCCAAGCUCAGGUGCAAGUUAAGCAUGAAAAGCUGAGUCGCAUGAUAUUGGAGGCAGUGCCAUGGGACUUUGGAAAAGGUGAUAUUGCUCUUGAUGAUAUUACUGUGGAGUUUGGCCACUGCCAGCUUGGCAAACUGUGUGAUUUUGAAAAUGGAUUGUGCAAUUUCGAGCAGUCUCUCGAAGAUGAUCUAGACUGGGAACUAACAUUAGCCUCGUCAUCAGGUGUGGGAGAUGGAUGGGGCACAGGUGAAGAUCACUCACUUGGCACUGGUCUGGGCCAUUAUAUCCGUCUUGAAGGGCAAGGCACAGGUGAGAUUUAUACCAAUCAGAUCGAUGCCAAGUAUAAGUGUGUUCAGUUUUGGGUGUACUCUAAUGGAGAUUCAAUGUAUAAACAGACAGAAUUAGAGGUCCACUUACACACAGCUGAGAUAAUCGAAGAUAAACCCUUGUUAACUAUUACUGGACUCUUUAGUCAUGAAUGGAACUUAUACAAGUUACAAGUUGAAAGUGUUUCACCCUACUCACUUAGCUUUAAGGGGAAAGCAUAUGCAUCAUCUUUUCUUGGGCUCGAUGAUGUCGUACCAGAGUUAACAUGUGAAAACUUUGAUGAAUGCAAUUUCGAGAAUGAUAUGUGUAUGUGGAGGAAUGAGGUCAUAGGUGAUGAUUCAGACUGGUCUCUCAUAACAGCUGAUGAAUUGUCUGACAAAUAUGGUCCUCAAGUAGAUGCUACAUUUAAUAGUGUUUAUGGUGGCUUUGUUUAUGCCAAUGCAGCAAACACAGGUGGCACAGAUAAGCGAUCAGAAAUCGUUCUGGAUGUGUUAGAGCCAAAUAUAUGGUGCCUGAGUUUUUGGUUUCACAUGCAAGGGUUAGGGCAGCCCACAUUAGCACUUAUAACACAGGAGUUGGACCACAGCACAGAGAAGACACUGUGGAUUCAUAAAGAGACACUGCAUGCUGAUUGGAAAUAUGCACAAGUCACAGUAGAUAACACAGCUUCAGACUCUGAUGUUUUAGUUCACCAUAAUCUCAAGUUUGUUGCGGUGUCUGACAAAGGGAAACCAGGCAUCAUUGCUCUUGACCAAACAAAAGUUACAUUUGGACACUGCAGUAAUGAAACAAUACAAAACUGUUCCAUGAAGUGUGACGGCCUCUGCUUGUUACAAGAGCAAAUGUGUAACUUUAUACAGGACUGCAGUCAAGGACAAGAUGAGGUAUUCUGUGGGUACAACUGUACAUUUGAGAGUACAGACGAUCACUGCACUUGGUACAACAUGGAAACAGGCAGUGACUUUGUGUGGUUGCGUCAAAGAGGUGAAGAUAAUGAUCUUUUCACUCCUCCUGUAGAUCAUACCCUCCAGACUAGUCAGGGUUACUAUAUGGCUGUCACUCUAAAUUUCACAGAUAUGCGAAAGGCAGUUAAUCCCCUCCUUCUCAGUCCAGCACUCCAGAAUUCUGCACCAAACUGUCAUAUGAGUUUCUGGUAUGUGGUUUAUGAAGUGCCCAAUAACUACCCAACUUCGGAGGUAAAUUCUUUGAUUGUCUCAUACAAUGUAAGUGACAUAAAUACCAUUUUGUCACAGAUUUUUGCUACCCAAAAGGAGGAGUGGAUGAUGGGUAUAGCAGAUAUUGGCAGGAUACGUACCCAAUUUAUAGUUCAGAUUGAAGGUAUAAGAAAUCUUAAGCUCCCAGGAUACAUAGCAGUGGAUGAUAUUAAUUUUGAAGAAUGCUUUCUUCCUUCGCCACAGGAAGGUGACUGCAAAGGCUUUGCAUGUGAAAAUAGAGCCUGCAUUUCUUCAUUUGCUGUUUGUGACUUUGUUGACGAUUGUGGGGAUUACACAGAUGAGAAAGAUAACACAGCUGAGUGUGACAAGUAUGUAGGCAGAUGUAACUUCGAGGAAGGUCAGGCAUGUUCUUGGAAUGAGGAAGAUGGAACAAACUGGAAGACAGGAUCCCCAAGCCAAGAGGACAUCAUGCCCCCUCGUGACCAUACCUUGAACACUGCCUCAGGCACUUACAUCUAUAUAGACAGUAACGUUUACAAUCUGAAUGCAACCACAGCUAAACUGUCUAGUCCUGUCAUCCAUGUUCAGGGAACAUAUUGUACUUUGAGAUUUUUUUACUACUCAUACGGUAAAGAUAUCGACAGCAUUGUUGUCUCAACAAGAGAAUCAUCAAAUGGACCUCUUCAUGAUCGUCUUUUUAUUAGAGGUUCUGUAGGACAAUACUGGGAAAGAGUAGAACUGUUCAUCCAGAAAGAGGAAAUUGCCAACAGGCCAUUCCAGUUCAUAGUUACUAGCAGCACCAACAGCUUCUCAGGUAGUCCAGGAACAUCAGUCAUUGCUCUAGACGAUAUAUCUCUUACCAGUGGUUGCCAGCCCACAGAUGAUAUAAUGCCAACUGAAACAACACCCCUAACAACAACAACAGAAAACCCAUGCAACACUGGUUUCCAUUGCAACAAUAAUCAUUGCGUUUCUACUGAAAGUGUGUGUAAUUUUAAUGAUGAUUGUGGGGAUGGCAGUGAUGAAUCUCACUGUGGUGAGUGUGACUUUGAAAUUAACACAUGUGGUUGGGAGGAUGUAAGUCAUGGUCAGUACCGGUGGUCUAGGACAAAAGAGACAGUGGGACUUGUGAGUUAUGUUAUGAAUGUAACUGAACAGCUCGAAGGAACAUCAGACAUUGCUGACCUAGAAAGUGUCAUAUUAGGACCAACAUCAGCCUCAUGUACCAUGUCCUUCCUUUACUACAAAAGUGGUAAUAAUUCUGCUCUUGUUAUUGUUAUGCUACAAGUCUCCAUGGAACUAUCACUUUGGGUUGCAACAGAUAACAUGGGUGAAGAAUGGCACAAACAAACUGUUGGUAUUCCUGAACACCAUGUUGGUUGGAAACUGCGGUUCAGGUCUAUGAAAUAUUCAAACGAAGAUAUAGCCAUGAUUGAUGAUAUACAGUUUCACAAUUGUAAGCAACCAACACCCACCAUCUGCCAUGAUGAUCACUUCUCAUGCAGUAAUGGCAAUUGUGUCAAUCAGACUUUUGUAUGUGACUUCAGUGAUGACUGUGGGGAUGGCUCAGACGAAUUAGCUUGUGAGAAAUAUCCUGGCAGAUGUAAUUUUGAAGUAGAUUUUUGUGACUGGCAGCAAGAGCAUUCUGCUGAUCUCACAUGGAUGAGAAAGACCGGUGACAUGUUAGCAGAAGGCACUGGUCCUGGUUAUGACCAUACCUAUGGAAAUGAUACUGGAUACUAUCUUUAUCUACAAAGUGCUGAAGGAUCAAAAGGCAAAAGAGGUCAGAUUUCUAGUGAAUCGUUUGCACCUACUAAAGGGGAAUGUCAUUUCAGAUUUUGGUACAUGAUGAAGGGAAACCAAAGUGCCACACUGAAAAUUUUCGGUGAAGAAACGCCAAGAAGCACAACCAAGACAAAAUAUGAUCUGUUUGAGACGUCAGGGUCUGAUGACUAUCUCUGGAUUCUGAAAGACCUAGAUAUCAGUAUUCCAAGAUACUUCAAAAUUGUUCUUGAGGGCAUUGCUGGCAAUCCCAUAGAAGGAGAUAUUGCUGUCGAUGAUGUGUCUUUCUCAGAGGACUGUCACAGCCUCUACUGUAAGCCAGAAGAGUUUCCUUGCAAGUCUUAUGGCUGCAUCCCAGCCACAAGUGUAUGUGACUUCCGAUUAGACUGUGCGGACCUCAGCGACGAGGACGAGUGUCCAAACCACUGUAGUUUUGAGGAUGGGGACUGUGGGUGGAAGGAAGUUGAGAAUGAUGGCCUAGACUGGGUGGUGGCUCAAAGCAAUGAUAUGGCGUGGGGAACUGACCAUACAGGACCCUUCACUGAUUCGACUGGAAACUCAGAUGGACAUUUCCUUAUGGUGCACAAGGAAACUUCGUUGAAGAAGGAACAGGAAGCAAAGACUUUCCUUCAUUGGUUUCAGAAUUCGGCCGCAACCUGCGUAUUCGAGUUUUGGUUCUAUACAAUGCCACCUCAUAGCUCGGAUAUCACUCUGAGGCUCAACACUUCUGCAGAAGAAUUUACUGUCAUAGCUUACUUUAGCGAUAAAUUUGUCACAGCUGACCCGGGAAUAUGGAAUAUUGGAAGAGUCGGUAUUGGGCGCCAUAAGGAAACUUUCCAGUUGUCUCUUCUCAAGAGAAAUGCUCCAGAAUACUCAGGAGUAUUUGCUAUAGACGAGACGCAUUUCUCGGAGUGUGAUUUCCCAUUGCCUACGGACGAAAACUGCAACCAACCGCUGUAUCACUGCCCUUUUACUAAGGUAUGUGUGGAUGUGGAUUCCUUGUGUGACCUUACCGACGACUGCGGUGCUGGAGAAGACGAGACGAAUGAAGUAUGUGAAGGCUACCACCGCAUUACCUUGGAAGACGACUCACUCGGCUGGUUUUCUCAGAGUCAGGAGGACGACACGGACUGGCUGAUGGGUAGCGGGACGACCACGCCUAUAAUCCUGGGUCCCAAUUACGACCAUACACUCUGGAGCAAGAAAGGCCACUACCUGUAUCUGCCGGUGAACGAGCAGGCCAGUCAAGAGGCUCUGCUGGUGAGUGAGCCCUUAGCGGCGGACCAAGAGUGCAAAUUCGUCUUCUUCUACCACAUGCACGGGAGCAACAUGGGCAACAUAUCCGUCCUUAUCAGGAAAGCCACGAGUCCCGACCCUGACCUUAUCUGGACGAUCAGUGGGUCGCAAGGGAACACGUGGAACAAGGUCACUUUCGGUCCGGAUGACCUCCCUCAACACGAGACAUUCCAGGUGCUUGUCCAGGGCGCCACCAGUCCGUCCCAGCUGGGGCACGUCGCCGUCGAUGACUUCAUCUUCGCCCCUGGGUGCCGGUCGCUGGGGAGCACAACGGUGGCUGCAGGAUCGACGGGGGCGCCAGAGUGCACGACAGAUCAGGUGAAGUGCAGCGACGGGUCUUGCCUGCCUGCCACGAGUCGCUGCAACUUUGUCGUUGAAUGCCCCGGGGAAGAGGGAACGGAUGAGGAAGGCUGUGUGAGUGAAACAUGCACUUUUGAGGACGAUGACCUGUGCGGCUGGCAGAUUAUACCUUACUUGGGGCCGGCCUAUCCUGCACCAGGGGAAAAAGUGUGGUUCACCUGGCAACUUAGCCGAGGAGUGGAUUCGCCGCUUCAGCUGAUUCAACGAGAGAAAACGAGCCACAAACCAGGCUAUGACCACACUCACGGGGACGACACCAGCUACUACCUGUACGCCUGGACACUUGAGUCGAGCUUCUGGGCCGACAGCAGCCUUUUCACCAUUCAGUCUCUCGGAGAGACCUCGACGGCAUGCCAGGUCAGGAUGUGGUACUGGAUGUCGGGGGAGGAUCCGGGAUCUCUUCACGUCCUCCUCGAGCCCGCCGAAGGAGGAGAGUCCAUUCAACUCUCGAUGUUCGAGAAUGAUCAUGGUGACAUGUGGAAUCUAGCCCUGGUGAGCGUGGGUCACGUGACGGGGAAGAGCGUGGUCGUGCAAGCUAACCGCGGCCUCGAGUACCGAGCCGAGCUCGCCGUCGAUGACCUCACCUUCGUCGACUGUGCUCCUCCGAUGCCUCCGCCCACAGGAAUGACUUGCGAAGACAACGGGAUGUUCACUUGCGAUUCGGGAACCUGCGUAUCUAGCGACAAAAUCUGCGACUUCUCCUCCGACUGCCUUGACUCCUCCGACGAAUCCUACGGCAUGUGCUCCGCGUACAAGUUCCGCUGCGACUUCGAGGCGGGACUGUGCAGCGCGUGGGCGGAGGAGGCGACAGACAACGCCGACUGGGUGCUGUUCCGCGGGUCGUCCGACGCCAUGGAGAUGCUGCCCGGCCACGACCACACGACCCUCUCCUCGGGCGGUCACUUCCUAGUCUUGGAUAUACCAGUCGAGCCUAUGACCCAGGUAGUAGGUCGUCUUCACUCACCUGUGGUUCGCGCGGGGGUCGAAGAAUGCACCCUCAGAUUCUGGUAUCAAGUCCUCGGGGAGAAGCCAGGUGUUAUCAAUGUCUACAGACGCACAAGUUACUAUUCAGAUGGCAUGCACCUUAUAGCAUCACUGAAUAAUACAGCACAGGGCCUUUGGCUUAAAUUCACCAUUCCAGUCGGCGAUAGCACUCAUAGUGGGGAUUUCCAAGUCGUCUUAGAAGGCGUAGCAGACCCGGAUGUACGAGGCACACUUUCGCUAGACGACUUCGCAAUGUCACCAAUAUGUGAACUCUCGCCCAAUCAACACCUACCUGGCGAAGACGACCUGACCACGCCUUCCCCCGUCUGCCUGCCGCCCCAACUAGCCUGUGCUAACGGACUCUGUUACUACCCAGAAGACACUUGCAACUUCAUCGACGACUGCGGUGACGGAACGGAUGAGCUUCAGUGUACUAGGAGUUGUGACUUCGAGGCGGAGGGCGACUUGUGCGGCUGGUUCGUGAGCGUGGCAAGUUCCAUCCCCUGGCAACGUGGGGGGUUCCCUGCCCCUCUCCCCGGACCCCCCGUUGACCACGCCAAUAAUGCUUAUGCGCAUGACCUCUUCACGGCCAAGGAAAAGAGCACUGGAGGCCAGGUCGCCAUCUUAGAGUCCCACACGUUUUCACAAGUGGGGGAGGAAUGCACUCUUGUGUUCUGGCACUACAUGCUGUCCACGGGCGCCGAGGCCUCGAGUCUGGCUGUUUACAAGAAAUCGAAGGAGACUGUCACCAACGGCCACGACGCGGACAUGCUUUGGUUCGAAAUGUCCAGCAGCGGGAAGUGGGCGAAGGAAUACGUGGGCAUCGGGCGCCUCGGGGGCAGGAAGGACUUCACCGUGUACUUCAAGGCCGUGCAUGGCGACGACGAGACCCACAUAGCCAUCGACGACGUGAGCCUGGAACUGUGCACCCCCGGGAGGUCUUGCCACGCAGCCACCGAAUUCACGUGCGCUGACGGCUCGUGCAUCCCCCGCCAGUUCGCGUGCGAUGCCAAGUACGACUGCGACGACAAGAGCGAUGAGUUUAACUGCACCGUGGUUGCUGGAGACUGCAAUUUCGACGGAGACUGGAUGCUGACCUGUGCCUAUUUACAAAAAGUGGACGACGACCUCCAGUGGACUCAAGCCAAAAGCUCCAACGACCCCUCAAACGGUCCCCUCUACGACCACACUCUUGGCUCCGAAGGUCAGUACGUGUACCUGUCCAGCGACCAAGGAUCUCCGGGACAGGUCGCAGGGAUCAGCCCCGAACCGACCUACCCGGCGUCGCGGGACCUGUGCUUCGUCAGGUUCUGGUUUUAUAUGCACACCGACAAUACUAAUGAUGAAUCGACGCUGGACACCGGGGCACUGAGACUCAUUGUGGAAGAAAAAUCCGGAAGGCGUUGGGUGGCGGCGUCGCGGAGCAGCAAUUACGAGGCCAGCUGGCAGGAGGUGGCCGCCCUGGUCUCCUCCGACAGCCCCUUCCGCCUCGUGUUCCAGGCCGAGUUGGGGAACAGGAACCAGAGCUACAUUGCGAUGGACGACGUCUCGCUGACUCCUGAGUGUGUGACAGGUGUUGGCCCAUCUCUGAACAGCACUUGCGCGUCUGAUGAGCGACUUUGCGACUCUGGACAGUGUGUACCUGAAGCAUUUUUCUGUGACUGUUUUACUGACUGCUUGGAUGGCUCAGAUGAGUCCGGCUGCGAAGUGACAUGCCCGGCCGUGGCCACGCGCCCCACCACGAGCCCGAAACCCACCACGCCGGCCGCCACCACCGCCUCGACGCCCGGCACCUCAACCUGCUCGCACCUGCAGUUCCCCUGUGGAGGCGCAGACGACGCGUGCGUGCCCUCGCUCCUCCUCUGCGACGGAGUGACGGAUUGCCCCAACGCUGCUGACGAGACGAACUGCCCAGUGGCCAAGACCCCGUGCGACCCUGGCUUCGUCUACUGCGCCGACCAGUUCAUGUCGGACCGCCCCUGCAUGCGCCUGGACGAGCUAUGCGACGGCAGUUAUUUCUGCGACUCGUACCACGCCGACGAGUCCCUGUGUGGAGAGUGUCCGAGCUACUUUUGCCUGCACGGUGUCUGCCACUUGCACGAGUCCGGGGCACCGUUCUGUUCCUGCACCGAUGGCUACACGGGCAACAGAUGCGAGAUCCUGCCCAGCCCGAGCGGGUCGGGCGGGCUGAGGGCGGGAGCCAUUGCUGCCAUUGUGUUGGGCUGCCUCGUCGGGUGCCUCGUCAUCGCCGCCCUCGUCGCCUACAGCUGGAAGCGGACGCGAGGCAGAGUUGCUUACACCGAGAUGGAGAACGAGGCUUCGAACUGGCCCGAUGAAGCCUUCGUGCUGGACGAUAUCGAUACGCCGAUCUAUCCAGUCACGUCCGUCGUCCACCAGAAUGCACAAACGGAGGAGGAUCAGCUGGAGACGGAUGCGUGAGGGUGGUGGCCAGAGCUGGAAGACUAAUAUUUUUGGUAGCAUAAGAAAUAUGAUGUGACAGUUGCACUUAGUUUCAUCAGGAGUUUUGACGACAUGCUAUUCAAAAGUGCCGCGGCUUCAUAACAAAUUCAGUAAUUUUCUGUAAUCUCUCUCUCUCUCUCUCUCUCUCUCUCUCUCUCUCUCUCUCUCUCUCUCUCUCUCUCUCUCUCUUUCUUUCUCUUUCU